UCUCUUGUCUGUCUGUCCCUCCCCCCCUCACUCUCUACCUCUCUCUCUCUGUCUGUCUCCCUCUCUGUCAUACACAUUCACUUACAUACACUCAGACACUUUCUCUCUCUCUUUCUCCCACACAAAUAUACAUAAACACACACACACACACACACAACACACAUGCUCAUGCACACACGCGCCCACUCAGUCCAUCAGAGUCCAACAUACCUGUGCAGGCUGGGGGAAGUGGUGCUGGAGGGGGUUUUUCGGCAGCGUUGUCUCUGAGGGUGCUGUGCUAUCAUUUGGGGAAGAAGCGGGUCUCAAUUGUUUUCUCUUUCCUCCUCCUCUCAUUCCUGGAAUGCUAAAACUGGACUGAUGGACAUUUCAGAACUUUGUCUUCCAGACCCUCUCAGCUAUCAUAACCAGGCUUUGUUGUCCAAUUCAUUAGAGAGAUUCCUGAGUCCACUGGCCACGCUGGAGCCGUCUCAUUUCUGGCUGCUGAAUAGAAUGGCUGCUGAUGACCGGCACCUACCUUCCAGUUGUGGGUCCUACAUCAAGACGGAGCCAUCCAGUCCCUCCUCGGUCAUCGACACGGUCAGCCACCACAGCCCUAGCGGCAACUCAGACGCCAGUGGUGGCUAUGUCAGCGCCAUGAACAGCCACUCCAACGGCCUGGACUCUCCUCCUAUGUUCACCCCCAGCGGGCUCGGGGCCGGCACCUGCCGCAAGCGCUAUGAUGACUGCUCCAGCACCAUCAUGGAGGACUCGUCCAUAAAGUGCGAAUACAUGUUGAACUCCCUCCCCAAGAGGCUGUGCCUGGUCUGUGGAGAUAUAGCCUCGGGGUAUCACUAUGGGGUGGCCUCUUGUGAGGCCUGCAAAGCCUUUUUUAAAAGGACAAUACAAGGUAACAUAGAAUACAGCUGUCCCGCCACAAAUGAGUGUGAGAUCACAAAACGGAGACGCAAAUCGUGUCAGGCUUGUCGCUUCAUGAAAUGCCUCAAAGUGGGGAUGCUCAAAGAAGGUAAGAAGAGGGUUCGUCUGGACCGCGUGCGAGGGGGCAGACAGAAGUACAAGCGGAGGUUGGACUCAGAAAACAACCCAUACCUGGGCUUGACGCUCCCCCCUCCCACCAAAAAGCCUCGUGAGUACUGCUCCAUCACUAACUCAUUGUCUCCCUCCAUCGCUGCUCCUCCUCUGCCAGGCCAACAUCAAGUAACAAAGAUAGUGUCUCACCUGUUGGUGGCCGAGCCAGAGAAGAUCUAUGCCAUGCCUGACCCCACCAUGCCGGAGAGUGACAUCAAGGCUCUCACCACGCUGUGUGACCUGGCUGACCGUGAGCUGGUGGUCAUCAUUGGCUGGGCCAAGCACAUCCCAGGGUUUUCCUCUCUCUCUCUGGGAGACCAGAUGAGUUUACUGCAGAGCGCCUGGAUGGAGAUCCUCAUCCUCAGCAUUGUGUUCCGCUCUCUGCCGUACGAGGACGAACUGGUGUACGCCGAGGACUACAUCAUGGACGAGGAGCACUCGCGGCUGACGGGCCUCCUCGACCUCUACGUCUCCAUCCUGCAGCUGGUCCGCAAAUGCAAGAAGCUCAAAGUGGAGAAGGAGGAGUUUGUCACCCUCAAGGCCAUCGCUCUCGCCAACUCAGACUCCAUGCACAUAGAGGACAUGGAGGCGGUCCAGAAGCUUCAGGACGCUCUCCACGAGGCCCUGCAGGACUACGAGAGCAGCCAGCACCAGGAGGACCCGCGGCGGGCGGGCAAGCUGCUCAUGACCCUGCCUCUGCUGCGGCAGACGGCCACCAAGGCUGUCCAGCAUUUUUACAGCAUCAAGGUGCAGGGAAAGGUCCCCAUGCACAAACUCUUCCUGGAGAUGCUGGAGGCGAAGGUCUGAUUGGAGGGUGGCUGAUUGGCCACAUGAGCAGAGGAGGGCUGCAUCAACGAAACAGAAAGUGACUUGAACCAAGGCUGAGGGUGCUCAGGGGAAGGAGACCCCCCCACUGACUGUGCUAGAGAGAGAGGUCUCUCACUCCUCCUCCUCCUGGAAUCCUAGGAAACUAAAUAAAAAAGAACACAUGCAAAACUUGGUUAUUAGUAUAAAUAUAAAAAUGAUGCAGAUUAAUUUAAAAUAUAUAAGAAAUACUAUGUACAGUAAUAAUUUUUUUUGGUUUUUGUUAAUUGUCAGUGGUCAUGCUGUAUAUGAAGAAGGACCUUUCUGCCCCUCAGCAUCUUCAGAAUAAGUAGUUGCCAGAUCUUGAUAACAAGAUAAGGAGGUUUCUUUUUUUCAUAAAAA